AUGACCAGCUCCGGCCGGCGGGUCAAGGCGGCCACCAUGGCCAAGCUGGUGGACCUCAUCGCCCACAACCAACCACACCUGGAGGCCGACCUUGUCCUGUGCUACGCCAUGUUCUGCUCCUCGCAGGACUUCGUCGAUCUCAUCCUCCGCCAGCUGGCAAACCUGGUUCGCGUGCUGCUGCACCAGCUGCUGGCCGACAAUCCGCACAGCAACGCCGUCCAAAAGAUUGUACGCAAGAGUCGCACCUACCUUCGGCUCCAAUCGUUCGCGGAGGAGAAUGAGGGCGAAGAGUUCGCCUCGCCGCUCCGCUAUCACAUCGACGUCAGCCAGCGGGACGCUUCCGCCGGCGCGGCCCCGCGCACCUCGUCGCUCUGGGCCGCCCGGCCCCACGACACCUCCCUCCCGCCC